AUGGCGUUUGGACUCGGUUUUUUAUUUUUUCAACUUUGAAAUUUUUUUGAAGUUCUAUUGCUCAAAAAUACCUUGUAAAACUUGAAAAUAAAUGAAUAAAUUGGAUAAAGUUUCGAUUUUUCCAGGUUACAACAUUGUUGGGGACGGAACUCCGCAGGCUUUCAUCCCAAUUCUAACAGCCAAAACUGAAGUCGAACUCCCUUUGACUAGGUUUUCAGCUCCUUUCCCACAAAAUAAAGCUCUUUUCAUCCAGGAAAAGAUACCCCAACGCGAACUACGUCGAUGACGUCUAUCCUUUCAUUUGGAAGAAUUUCUCGGACGCCGGCUAUAUGACCAUGUAUGGAGAGGACGCCUUCGCCAUUGGUUGGUUUUUGGAAGAAAGAAAAGCUAUUUUUCUUGAAAAUUAGUGGUUAAAAUUGCUCUAGUUAUGUUUCAGGUCCUUAAAAAAAUUUUUUUAGAUAAUUUUUUUCCCAUUGGAAAAAGUCAGAAAAAAAUCUCAAAUUUUUUUGAAAUCUCUAUUACUUCCUGUCAAGGUUAUAUUUUUAAUACACUUGUUUUUCAAGGCCAAAAAUUGCUGAAUUAAAAUGUUUUUUUAUGUUUUUUUCUUUUUUUAAAUAUUAAAAAAACUAUCAAAGAUUUUUUUCAGCUUUUUUUCUCGAAUCGAAAAAGUCCAUAUAAAAAAAUAGUUAGCGAAAGAUUUUUUUCAUUGUUUCUAAGGUUUUUUUGAUUGUAUUGUAUUUCAUUUUAUUUCUGCAACAUCAUGAAAAAAAGUUAUUAUGCUCUGAAUUUUUUUCCAGUUUAAUGAAAAAAAUUGCUAGUUUGGUAAUAUCUUUUUUUCAGAAAAAAAUAACUUCUUUUUAUUAUUUUUCUUUUAGGAACUUGAUUGUUUAGGAUCCGUUUUUUUCUCAAAUUUUUCAUUCAUUUUUUUGAUUUCUACAUGCUUUUUUUAAUCUUUUUAAAAAAAUAUGGUAAGUUCAUUAAUUUUUUUCCUCAUUGAUCUAAGCAUUUUUUUAAUGUUUCUUGAAUGCGCUUUGAGAUUUUUUUAAUCGGUUCUAAUCGAAGUCUUUUUUUCUGAGUUUUUUUCAAAGUCCCUCAGAAAAUCCUCAAGAAAAAUCCGAAAAAAAUCAAUAUAAAAAAAUACUUAGUAAAAGAUUUUUUUCAUACUUUCCAAGGUUUUUUUGUUGAAAUAAUUUUUUUAUGCUCUGACUUUUUUUCCAGUUUUGAUGAAAAAAAUUGCAGUUUAAAAGAUAUUUUUUUGAGAAAAAAAAUGCUUGUUUUCUUUUUCAGUAUUUUCUUAAAGAACUUGAGUGUUUAGGAUUGGUUUUUUCAAAUUUUCAUUCAUUUUUUUGAUUUCUACAUACUGUGCUAAUCUUUUAAGAACAUUAAGUUUUUCCUUAAUGAACUGUAAGAAUUUUUAAAGUUUUUUGAACGCGCGUGAGGAUUUUUAUCGGUUCUGAGUUUCUCAAAGUCCCCUAGAAAAGCAACAAGUAUUUCCAGGAACCUUCACCUACCGACUCAAGGGAUUCCGGAAGCAGCCGGCCGACCACUACACCAGAACUCUUUUCGAACAAAUCGAGAAACUCAACGACCGCAAUUGCAUCGGCUCCAUUCCUCUUCAUAAAGUCGAUAUUUUUCAAAAAAAUAAUAUCCCUAAUUAUGGAAUAUUUGAAGAUGUGGUUUGACGCCGGCCGAAGGUUCAUGAAAACCUACAGCACCGUCCCGAGAUUCUUAUUGAUGCACCAGGUUCGAUUCACUGUUUCAACCGGGAUAUUUUUAAAAAAAUUUUUCAAAAAAACUAUCACUCUGAAAUCAAAAAGACAUGUGAGAAAGUGUUAUUUUUUUCGCAAAAAGUUGGUUUUUUCAUUAAAAAUCACGACUUCAAGCAGUUUUUUUCAAUAAUUGUGAUAAGAACCAAAUUUCUUCAAGAAAAUCGAGAAAAAAGAAAAAAAGGAAAAAAAUACAGGUUUUUCUGGAUUUUGUGUUGAAAAAUCAUACAUUUUAUCGUACAAUUUUUUAGAAAUUUUUUUGAAAUUUAAAGUUUUUUUAAAUUAUCAUUUUUGAGCUGAAUCUUAAGAAAAAAAUUGCAUUCAAAAUUUUUAUUUUUUUGUUUUUUGCUGGAAUUUUUUUCAAUUUUUUUGAAUUUAUUUUUUUGGUUGGACUCGUAUUUUCAAGACAAAAAAAUCGAGAUUUUUCGACUCCACUAAAAAAAGAAAAAAAUUUUCGAAGAAUUUCUUUUUUUAAAUUUCAAUUAAUUUGUGAAAAAAAUGGACGAUUUGCCUCAGGAACUCUAGAAUGGUCCCUAUAGGGGCAUUUUUAGGGACCCUCGCAGUGUCCCCUCUAUGGACCACCACAGCAAGCCCUAUAGGGGCCACUAAAGCUUGCAAAAGUGGUCCCUGUAGGGUUUAGUUAGUGCAAUUUAGCUUUAGGGGCUAAGGUUCACCCUAAAUCCCUAUAGGGACCACUUUUUCGGCCCCGAGGCUAUUUGUUCCCCUAGGAACCUAUGUGGAGUUCCUAAGUUUCAAUUAACUGAAAUAAUCCACGAUUUUCAGAGCCUUUUGUCCCACGACGAUGUCAAUUUGGUCGGCGUUGAAGACGACGACGUCUUGGCUCAUCUGACAAGAAUGUUCGAGGAAGGUUUGGAGGGAAAAUCGGAAAAAAAAAUACUCUUGAAUGGUUAGGUGAGUUCGACAACUCUCUGGUGGUUGUGAUGGCCGAUCAUGGACAUCGUUUCGCCAAACUUCGGGAUACUCAUCAAGGACAGCUGGAAGAGGUGACUAGAAGAAAAGAUGGACUUUCCAAAGACCGAUGGCAGAGAUUAAGCCUUUUCUCUGCAUGCAGCUCCCAAUUUAAUCUACCCCGGAGGGAUGAAAGGCUUGGUCGACCUCGGGGGGACUCGAACCUACGACCUCGCGGACGUUAGAAAUAAGUCUUCACCAGCUGAGCUAUGCCGCCCCGUUGCAGAAGUUACUGUACCCGUCCGAAAAUACAGAAAAUCACUUUUCGCUCACAACUUCCUUGUGUUAAACUUUCUAGAGCUGCCUUUUUUUCUGCAAACUGAAACCCCAGCAGAGAGUUGCAAAUAUCAGUAAUCACAACUCCAGAAGGUUCCAGGAAGAUUAAACUACAUACAAAGGAGUUUUGAUCAAAAAAGCGUUUUUUCGUUUCUUUUAUGACGGUAUAUACAAAUAAGUAUCCCGGGCAAGGAAUGGUGGAUAAGGGCCGCUAAAAGGGUCAAAAAAGGCUGCAGAUAGGCAGCAAAAAAGCCGCAGAAAGGUCCCAGAAAGACCGCAGAAAGGCAGCAAAAAGAGUUCCUUUAUCGAGCCUUCCAUUUUUUCUGGGGUUCUAAAGACUCAAGAAAUGGUGAAAAAAAGGGAGAGGCAGCAAAAAUAGUGCAUAAAUGCCGAUGAAAGGGUGCAAAAAGGCAGCAAAAAGGGAGCCUUAAAAGGAACAUUUCUAUGGAGCCUUUUUCCAUAUUUUCCGACUUUCCCUAUGCGUGAUUUGUAACCUCGUCAUGCAAAUUUUCGUUGAUUAUUAUAAAAUUUUUCAGAAUAGAUCCGAAAUUUAUAAUUUAUCAUAUAAUGUAUCGGCUAUUACACAGGCAAAGUAGGAAAUGGUGGAAAAAGGCUCAUUUUUUGCUGCCUUUUUGUCGGCCCUUAUGCACCAUUUUUGCUGCCUUUUUGCACCAUUUUCUCAGCCUUUAUGCACCAUUUUUGCUGCCUCUCCCUUUCUUCACCAUUUCUCGAGCCUUUAAAUCCCCAGAAAAAUAAAAGUCUCGAUAAAGGGACUCUCUUUGCUGCCUUUCUGGGGCCUUUUUGCAACCUUUUUUGAGCCUCUCCCUUUUAACUGCCAUUAUCCACCAUUCCCACUUUAUGGACCUCGUAAUUUUUCUUCUCACAUUUUUCAUAACUAUUUUAUUUCCAGCGCCUUCCAUUUUUCUCGUUCGCCUUGCCGAAAUCGUACCGAUCGACGCCGAAAGGUGCCCAAAUGUACAAGAAUUUGGUUGAGAACAAGGAGAAGUUGGUUUUUGUCAAAUUUUUCGCUGAUAGUUGAUUUUUUGGUCAGGUUGACCAGUCCGUUCGAUAUCCAUGCGACUUUGAUGGAUAUUCUGAACCCUCCAGAAGAUGAUUUGCUGAAAAAAGUGAGUUUUUGGGGGAGACUUGUGAAGAAAAUUUGAUUUUUUUUCAGGUCCAAUCAGCAGCAGAUCGAUCGCUUUCGUUGUUCAGGCCAAUGCCCGAUGAGAGAACUUGUGCUCAGGUAAUUUCUAAGUGACAUCUUGAGGGGUUCUAAUAAUGGAGACAGAAUCCAGCGACACAGAGUUACUCAAGGCUUUAAAAUGCGUGUUCAAAUUAAUUUCGCAUAAAUUAAAGGAUCCCUAGAGUAUACUUGACAUUAUUUACUGAAAAAAACUUUGGUGUACACUUAAGAGACCCCUCAAAGACUUUUCGGGGAGGAGAGGACACUAAAGUGGCCACUAAACCACCUCUAUAUUUGAUUUGACGCUCCUCAUAAUUUCAUUUUCUCAGGCCGGAAUUGAGCCCCAUUGGUGUACUUGCCUGGCUUGGGCCGACGCUCUGACGACUCCAGAAGACCGGAAUUUGUCGCUUCGGCUGGCCCAAGCAGUGGUCCGAGCCAUCAACGAUGAGAUCGGGCCCGAAAAGGAACUCUGCUCGCCUCUCAAGCUUGAUUCGAUGCUUGAUUCGAAAAAGUGCGGUUUUAAAGUUCUUGAGGGCUUUAGAGUUUGAAAAAGUGAAUGAGGGACUGUAUUUGAAGCUCUUCUCAUAUCUUUUUACUACUGGAAAUCACGGAAAAGUCCAUAGUUUUUGAUAGAAUUAGUUCUUCUUAGGAAUUCCAGAGUGGUCCCUAUAGGGGCAACCUAAGGGCACUUGGAGAUUUCCCUCUAGGGGCCAAUUAAGCUUGCGAAAGAGGUCCCUAUAGGGGAUAAAUUACGGGGAAAAUUUUUAGUGGCCACUAUAGAGGCUCGCCAAGAACUACUUGGAGAGGAAACUAAAGUGGCCACUAAUCCCACCUCUAUAGUGGCCACUAUUUUCCGUUUUAGUGGCCACUUCAGUAGUUUUUCAUCCAGUAUUCCUUCCAGUACUCUGAUAACUUUGAAACAAACAGAUUGGACCAGUUAUGUUGAUCCAUUGGCCCCUAAAGUGGCCACUAAUUGGACUACUAUAGAGGCCACUAAAGCGUAAAAACCCUGUAGUGGCCAUUCAAAAUUUUCCCAGAGUCAGUGAUUGUUAUGAAAAAGCGUUUUUGAAUGAAAUUCAAAGACCCCUCUAGGGUCUACUUGAGCUUCAGGGCUAAGAGGUCAGAUCCUAAACCCUUAUAGGGACCACCUUAAUUUUACCCCUAUAGUGGUUGUUUCCCCCCUAACCCCUCUAGGGACCAUUCUGGAAUUUGCUUUUUCUCAAUUUUAAAAACCUUUGGCCAUUUUAAACAUUCCUAUAAAAACCAGGAUUUAUUCAUCCCGGCGAACUUCAGCAGAAGUUGUGAAGGAAAACUUUAAAUAUAAGAUAAAAAGGACGUUCGUUCUCAUUUUACCUUUUUUUUUUUGAACCUCGAAAAUUAUCCGAUUUGAGCUUUAUAUUGAGAUUUCGGUGAAUUUUUUUCGCUUUUUAAAGCAUAUCAAUUGACAUUUUCCACGAAAAGCUUUAAUAUUUCAAGUUCAAAUAGAAAUUUCAACCAUUUUUUUGCUCUAGAAAAAAAGUCAUAAAAUCGGCAUUUAAAAUAUUUUUCCCGUUUUAAAUACAACUUCACAUGUCAGAUACGUUUCGCCGCUAUCAUAAAGAUAACCAUGAAUAUUCAUAAUCUGUUCAGCUCGGCGAAUUAUCUGAGAUUCUAUUUUACAAACUUAUAGACAGAAAAGAACGAAACUGAAAGAGGAAAAAUCAGAGCUGUGCGUUGGAACUUUUUUUCUCUCAUUUCAAACUUUUCAUCGCACAUUUUAUCUAAAUAACAUAUUUUCGAUCUCUGAAUCCCCGAUUUACACAAUCUGUGAAAAUUUCGAGACAAAAAUGUUCGAAAAGUGGAAAAUUUUUGACCGCUUCGCGACCGCGUUGCAACAGCACAGCCGGCCUUUUUUUGUAAAAAAUGAUAAAUAGAGUCUGUUCAAAUUUUGAAUGUCCAGUCUUUUCUCAAGCUCCGCCCCUAAUGGCUCGAUAAACCAAUCAGAGAGCGAGCGUGUUUGACGUCAUUUUUUUUUGACAAUGACAUCAUUUUUUGGCAUUUAAAAACCUUAUCAAAGUUUAGAAAACCUGCAGCCGUUUAGUCUCUCAAAAAUUGACAAUUUCAUUUAAUUCUUUCGAAUUUCGUUUCUCUCAACCCUAAAUCUCCAGACUAAUCCCGAACCAAGGACUUCUGGCCUACAAGAACGUCAAAGACGCCGACGGAUUCGUCCCGGAUUUAUCCGGCGCCACGAAACCAGCCUUCGCCCAUUUUCAGCUGAAACUUCGGACCACGCCUGGAGACGCCGUUUAUGAGGUUUUGUAGCUGAACAACUCGUUGAGAACCUCGCUUUUUCAGGUGACCCUGUUCUACGAAUACGCGACAGACACGGCUCGUUUCGAUCUGGCCGCCUUGAGUCAUGUUAAUAAGUUUGGAGAUCGGCCACAUUGUAUCAUUGACAAGAACUAUUUCCUCGCCACCUUCUGUGUUUGUUAUGAUCGGGUUUGA